UCAAAAUCCACUUGUUGCAACUAUUAGUAAACAUGAAGUGAACAUUCAGUCCCAUCGGAUGCUCGCAAUGCUUAAUAAUGUGUCUUCUUACAGAAACUCGGUAAACUCAUGGAAAACUUUGAACGCGUUGAUGAAAACUCUGAAUCCAUCUUACACAAUGAAACGAAAAUUUGGAUAUUAUUCUACACAUGGGGUUUGUCUUCCAACCUUGUUUCCAGAUCGUGAACAAGAUACUGCUUGGAUGUAUUCUCUUCUGAUUAUCUUCGUGAAUUUAGUGGCUUUUAGUUUCAUUGUGAUCGCCUACAUAUUCAUAUACAGAAAAGCUAUGAAGCAAGGCAAAACCGCAACCAAUACAGAUACACAAAAAGAAAGAGGUAAAAAAAUGAGACGAAAAAUAACUCGCAUCAUAGUAAAGGAUUUCUUGUCCUGGAUGUCCAUUUGCUUCAUGGCGUUUAUGCAGAUAGCAGGUUAG